ACGAAACGUCCCAUGGGAGAUGUCUGCUAAUUGCAAUAUUCUUUAUACAAAUAAUUUUCGUGUUUCCAUCCCCUCUCUUAAUUGGCCAAACAAUUAGACUCGAGUAGCCUUUUCUCUCUCUUCCCCCCACUUCUCUUCUCUCUUCAUCAAUCUUCUCUCCAUCUCCAUCUCCAUUGCCAUCCCUCUCUCUAUCUCAUCAGAGAUAUUUCCCACUGAUAAUCCUCUUUUGCUUGCCCUUUCUCUCUCCUUCACCAUAGUCCAUACCCUAGCUAUAGCCCAGAGAGCAGAACCCAAGAAGACCCCAAUUAUUGCAGAAGAAGAUAAAGAUGAUGAUGAAGAACUUCCUUCCCCUUGCAUUAGGGGAAUUUCGCCUCAUCUGGGGUUUCUGAUCCUUUGAUUUCAUCUACAUGUAUAUAUAUAUGUAUGUACACAUAUAUAUUAUAGAGAUAUACAUAGAGAGAGAGAGAGAGAGAGAGAGAAGAGAUCCAAAGAAGAAGGGUUGAGACCUGAGAGAGAUAUGGAUCCUUUCUCUUACUCCUCAUCUUACUCCUCAUCUUCCUCCUCACCUUCUUCAUCAUCUCCCUCCCAUCCCCACCACCAACAUAGAGCCCUCACCUUCAUCCCUCCUCCUCCCAGCACCGGCAACGGCAGCAAUGCCCAUCUGGGUUCUUGGCUCGGGGCCCGCUUCAACUCCGAUGACGACCACCUCAAUUCCCGCUCUGCUGAGGAAGAACCCGAGGAGGCUGGCGCAGGGCCCAUGCUCGAGGCGGGUGGUAGUACUGGUACUUACAGCUCUGUCGCGGCGAUCGAGAAGGAGCACAUGUUUGACAAAGUGGUGACCCCGAGCGACGUGGGGAAGCUCAACCGGCUCGUGAUCCCCAAGCAGCACGCCGAGAAGUACUUCCCCCUCGACUCAUCCACGAAUGAAAAGGGGCUGCUGCUCAACUUCGAGGACCGCAACGGUAAGCCCUGGCGGUUCAGGUACUCCUACUGGAACAGCAGCCAGAGCUACGUCAUGACCAAGGGAUGGAGCCGAUUCGUCAAGGAGAAGAAGCUCGAUGCUGGUGAUAUCAUUUCCUUCCAGAGAGGGGUUGGAGAGGCCGGGAAGGACCGGUUGUUCAUUGAUUGGAGGCGGCGUCCCGACCAUCACCAUCACUCGGUCAUCCCGCCUCAUCACGGCCACUUUUCGUUCAACGGAUCAGUCCCCUGGGGUUCUACUGUUCCUCCUCCUCAUCCAUUUCUGCUCCGUCACGGAAGGGACCACCCUCGCAAUGGCUACUUGGGUGGGCCGGGGGUCAAUUACGGGUACGGGAAUGUGGUAAACGUGAGCCCGUGCAGUGUGGGUUCCUUGUUCUACCUCAGCCGAUCAAGCACGGUGCCACCACUGCCACAGCAAUUGGGAAUCAGCGGGGUCCAUGGCAGCAGUGAUGGGGCUGAGCCGCCAAUCCCGGUGGUGUUCGACUCGGUGCCAAUUGUCCAGGGGAAGGCUGCAGCAAAGAGGCUCAGGCUGUUCGGAGUUAACAUGGAUUGCCCUAUUCCAGAGUCGAGCGAUCAUCAUCAAGAGUGCGAGAUACUGCCUUCGACUUCGAUAUCACAUGCCGUGACAAUCGGGUCGCAACCUCCUCCUCAUCAAGUACAGCUAAUUUCCUCCUCUUCUCCGCCUUCUCAGUCUCAAAAUCCACACCCACAGUUAAGGCUCUACAACGGCAUGCCAUUAACGGGCAAAGACAAGGCCGCCUCCUCCUCGUCCUCCAUGUCCUUUGACUUGGACAUUUGAGUUGGAACAAUGAAUAAAAGGAACCAAAAAAAAUCAGCAUUAUGUCCUAGUGAGUAUCUCCAAGAAUCGCCACGUGCAUUCUCCUCGGGACCAUUCGUAGAGCAUUCGAGGUAAAAUUGUUCCACGUAUCCUAAGAGGGACUCAAUUUCGGCCGAAAAGAGACCGAAGAGAGUCACCUAGAAGAAGUUGAUAAGAAAGGAACACCGUAGAGAGCUAGAGAGCAAGCGGGCGGGCGGGCGGGCCGGUACCAUUUUCACCUUCGAACAAGUUUCAGCUUAUAUUAAUUCAUGUAUUGCUUUAAAGGGAACCCUUCUUCUUUCUUGUAUAUAAUACAUAAUAUAUAUAUAUAUAUAUAUAUAUAUCAAAUCCAUAGAUUCACAUACACAA